AUGUCCAGCAAAGCCGCAAUAACCUUUGCGGCCUCCGCCUCGGCCGUUGCAAUCAUUGCUUCUUUGGUCACUUGCGGCCUCAUUCUGCGAGAUAUAAACUCUUUGUUCAGCGAAAUCAUGGAAGACAUCAGUGAUUUCCGCGUGACCAGCAACGACGCUUGGCAGAACAUGUUAUUUUACAGUCAACAGUCACUGCCAUCUCCAUCGUUCUCUCAUCUCGUUGGCAGGAACAAACGUCAAGCCGAAUGCGGCUGUGGUGCGCAGCCAGCGUGUCCCGCCGGCCCUCCAGGCCCUCCAGGAACUCCGGGGACUCCCGGAGAAGAUGGAACGGACGGCGAGCCCGGGCAGGCCGGAACAGUUGGAGUGGAGCUUGCGGAGCACUUGGAAGCCGGCUGUGUUCAAUGUCCUGCAGGCCCUCCGGGUCCAGCCGGACCUGACGGCCCCGUAGGACAGCCUGGAGAUGACGGAGCACCGGGUGAAGCUGGUUUUCCUGGACAACCCGGAUUGCCUGGAGAAGCCGGUCCAGCAGGCGAUGCCGGAAACGAUGGGGCUCCUGGCAAUCCCGGAACACCCGGGCCGCCUGGGCAAGACGGCCAACGAUCAAGUCCGCUUCCAGGCCCGAAGGGUCCAGCUGGCCCGGCCGGAUCGCCAGGAACGCCAGGACAAAAUGGCUCAUCUCCUCCAGCGGGACCUCCAGGCCCUCCUGGACCUCCUGGUUUCCCUGGCGCUCCGGGCCAAGAUGGUCAACCUGGACAACCGGGAACUGACGGGACACCGGGAGCACCCGGACAAGAUGCUGCGUAUUGCCCGUGCCCGGCGAGAACUGGUACCGCCGCCGCUGGGAAUGGAUAUAGUGGAAAUGCUGCGCCGCCAUCUGGAUUCAAUAAACCAGCAGCAGCGGGGAACCAGGGAUAUAAGAAAAGAAGAAGAAUAAGAAGAAGAAGAAAGUACCGAACUCAGGGAUGA